CGAUGUUAUUAGUUGGUAAUGCAAUUUGAAAGCAUUUAAUGUAUUAAAGGUUAUAUUAAUAAAUCAUUUCAUUUCCAACGGCUACAUGAACAUUCGGAAACAUUAUGACUAGUGUAGUGACUUUGUGAAAGUGUAAUAACGUGACAGUGAAAUAGUGGAAUUAAAUGGUACAUAAAUAGUGCAACUAUUGAAUAUAUUCCGCUAACAGCUCCAGGUAAAAAUAGUGAUUAUGACUAGCUAUAAAAUUGGCAGCAAACAUCAAGUACAAGAUAGUUAAUAGAAGAAUCGCGCUCUGAAAGAAGCCAUUUGAACAACUCAAGCAAAAUGCACUUUCUGACAAGCUCAAUUUGGUUUGGACUAGCAGCUUUAUGUUUGGCUUUAUAUACAGAAAAACAAGAACAGUCACUAAAUGUUAUCAUUGAAAAAUGUGCUGAAGAACAGGGCAUAGAGUUAAGCAAUGAGUUUACGGAACAUUGGAAAUACACCGGCGACCUUUUCCCGGAUGAGGAGAAAUCGAAAAAAUUUGCCCUUUGUUCCCAACGUAUGAUAAACAUGUGGAAUGCUGAUGGUACGUCCAAUAUUCAAGCCAUGAUCGACUUCUUGGCCGAUGGUCACGACGUUCAGGCAGUGACAGAGGCCACUCAAAAAUGUAACACGGACGAAGGAGAUACAAUCGAAGAUAAAGGAUACAACUUCUACAAGUGUUUCUUCGCUGAAAGAAUUUUUGAUUUGUAAUGGAAGCAGACUUUAGAAAAUAAAACAAAAGUUUUAUAGAAAAGUUUACAUAAUGAAGAAAAUAAAAUUGAUUCA